ACAGGACAGCAGCUCCACUCAGAUACAGAGGUACAUCCAGAGGUGAACUGCUGACUACAGACCCACAAACACAGAGACAACAUGAAAGCUGUUGCAGCCUUCCUGCUAGUGCUGUGUUACCUGGCCGCCAGUCAUGCCUGGUCUUGCAAUGAAGCUCCACGGCUGUAUAACGCUGCACAGGUUGAUGCUGGGCUGGGGAAAGUGAUCGCAAGGGACACAUCGGGCUAUGCGUACCUCCUGAUUGGAACAUCUUGGUACAGACUGACCACCUCAGUUCGAUUCAAGCAUGUCUCUGUCGGACCUGCAGGAAUCUGGGGAGCUGACACUUCAAACAGGGCCCAGAAAUUCAUAGCUGGACAGUUUCGACAAUCCAGUGGUGCUAGCGUGCAGCAGGUGGAUGCUGGAGGUGCUGGUCAGGUUGUGGGAGUGGGUACCUCCUACCAUGCCUACUGUCUGAGAAAUACCUACGCCUUGGCUUUUGCUGGAUCGGGCUCCCUGAGCUGGAGUUACCUGGGAAGGACUAUGAGGUACUACAGUUGCAGUCCACUAAAAGGAUGCUGGGGAGUCGACACUAGUUACCGGGUCUACUACACACAGACAAUAGUCCCAUCCAGCUGUGGCACCAGUGGCUGGUAUCAAAUAUCCGGGCUAAGCCUCAAAGUGAUUGAAGUGGGGACUGAUGGAACUGUUUUUGGAUUGACCACAAGUGGCAAGGUCUACCAAAGAGCGGGCAUCACCAGUUCUAACCCCAGAGGCACAAGUUGGUCCCUGGUCUCAAUGUGCAUGUCAGUCCGCCACAUGUCCUAUGACCUGCGCAACCUCUGGGUUGUGACCACCUCUGGCUUGCUCAUGAAGUGCACACACUAAUGCUCCCUGUAAAGCAGGUGCUCAGUGUCCACCAAUCUCUGUUUGUCAUGGAAGAUCUCUUUAAGUGGUGUGUAGGCUGUCUACAAUGACUAAAUGACUGGCUUUUGAUUUUUUCUUCUCAGUGUAAAAGCUAUGGUAUAACUCUUCAUUCAUCCCCUUGUUAUUAGGCUACUGCUGAUCUGUUAAUAUUAAGGCUGCAAGGAAAUUUCCCUUUAAAUUUGCUUUAAAUGAUUAAACAUCAAUGUGCAACACAAAAUGUUUCUUUAUGAAUAAAUCUCUUCUUACAGAUCUAUGCAGAUUGAGAGUAGAUACAAUGGUAAAGAUUAGGAAAAUACUGUUAUUCAAAUAUAUUGGACUGUGUAAUAUUAGUGAUAAAUGACAAUAACAAAUGAGCAGUGUAAGAGUAGCCUAAUGCAGUAAAUAUACUUAUGUUUAACAAUGUAUAACAGCAUGUAUAACCUCCAGCUGCCAGUUGGCAUACUUUCUACUGUGCUAAUAAAUUAUAAUGCAAGCAACUUC